CCGGAGAGAGGCGCGGGGCCAGCGUUGGGAGCAGGGCCGGGCCGUCGGCCCGCCGCGGCCGAGACGAUGAACGUGCGGGGCCCGGGGCGGCGGGGGCCGCCAUGGCCGCUGCUGCUGCUGCUGCUGCUGCUCCUGCUGCUGCUGCUCCUGCUGCUGCCGCCGCCGCCGGGGGCCGAGGCGGCGCGGACCCGCAACGCCGACAAGCCCAACAGCUUCCGCAGGGCCGCCAGCGGCCUCUACCACGGCCUCACCGGCCUCUGCGGCGAGGACAACGUGCGCGCCCUGCACAAGUUUUUCUCCAGAUUGACAGAGAGGUUUGUGUAUGGAGUGGAUGUGUUAGUAGACACUCUCUGGAGAAUAUGGACUGAUCUCCUGGAUGUCCUGGGCAUUGAUGCCUCCAACGUAGCCCAUUAUUUCAGCCCCGCUGCUGUGGCCAACAACCCCACUCGAGCGCUUCUGUUGGUCGGUGCAGUCCUCUUGGCCUACUGGUUCUUGUCUCUUUUCCUUGGAUUUUUUUUCUAUCUCUUGCAUGUUCUGUUUGGCCGUCUCUUCUGGAUUGUGAGGGUUGGCCUGUUCGCCCUCUCCUGUGUGUAUAUCCUCCAGAAGUACGAAGGAGAGCCAGAGCAUGCGGUCUUGCCUCUCUGCUUCGUCGUCGCCGUCUACUUCAUGACUGGCCCGGUAGGGUUUUAUUGGAGGAGAAGCAACAGCCACAGCCUGGAAGACAAGAUCGACCAUCUCGAUAGCCAGAUCAGACUACUCAACAUUCGCCUCACUAGAGUACUAGAAAGCAUCGAUCGAGCCAAUGACAAAUGAAGUAGGAUAAAAUCUUGCUUUUCACCAGCUCCCUAGAAAGUCCUUAAAGCACUCGUUCUAAAAAUUACAAAGCAACAAAAUGGUGCACUGUAAGGAUGUGCAACUCUUACAUUUUUAGGAUGCGUAGUGAGAAGAUGAAAAAUAGUUUAUGCACUCUGAGAACCAUUGCAGUUAUGAUUUGUAAAAGAAUAUAAUCACCAUAACCAUACAUUAGAAAUAUGUCCAUAAGUAGAGCAUAAAAUUGCUUUUUUCAUGCAUUUAAAACCAUCUUUUGUAAAGUUUUUAUAAAGGCAAAUUAAGUUAUCUAUUAAAACAAUUGAAAGUAAGGUCUUUUAGGAAAGCUUUAUCACAAAAAUAUUCCUUUUGAUUCCUCUAAAAAAAUGGAUUGUGGGGUCACACGUGAAUGUUACUUUUCACAUUCCCAGACCAAUUUUUUAGUUGUCUGUUGACUUAUUAAGUUGUGUAAUGUUGUAGCUUCAUGCCUUAGUAAAUGAGAAAUUUUACUGACCCCAAACAACCAAGUGUAACGUCCUGUUCUUUAAGGUAAGGGUGAUUUCUCUCCUACCAGCCUCCCUUUGGGUUCCCUUGUAAAUGAAGAAUUGAGACACCGAAGUUGGUCUAAAACAAGUGGUUUGCUCUUUAAUUUGGAACUCGGUCAACCAGGAAUUUUCCCCCAGGGGGUAUUUUACAAAGAACAACAAUGCUAAGGUCAGGCCCAGAAAUGCCAGCCUAUUCUGCAAAGGAAGGAACUAGGUUUUUGUUACUCAGGUCCCACGUAGAUCCUCAUAAAAGAAAAUAGCAGCAGCUAAAAUGGUUGCAAGUCUAUUGUUGCUUAAACCACUCUCAGGACCAAUAAGCAGCAAUAAAGAAUUAUUACUUUCAGGAAGAAGUGGAUUUUAUUCCCAAAAGUUUCAUAAAAAGAUUCCUUAGGUGCUUUUUGCUUCGAGUCCAUUGUGCCCUCAUUUCAGAUGAUCUUUGAGGGAGUCAGUCCUGGAAUGCAUGAAACUGAGUCAGAGAGAUCAGCGAUGUAAACUGUAAAGGUGACUUUGCGGAGCUCGACGAGGCACUGCGUUUUGUCCAGUGGUUCCAGAAACGGGACUUGCCUUAGGUCCUGUGCUCUGGUUCUGCACUGACCCCUCUUUGUUAGCUUUGGCGAAAUGCACAGCAGAUGAAGGCAAACCUCAGGGAAGUAAAUUUGUGAGAGCAUUGAGCUUUUGUAGUCCAUUUUCAGUGUUCUGUGUCACGCAGGUCCAGCUCCCCAGGUGCUCCAAAAUCCCUUCAAAGGUUCGGGGUUAAAAUCAGAUUGGCCUACAGUCCGAACCGAAGGGAGGCAAGAAAUGCAAUUACUUCCCAGAUGCAAUUGUUGGUUGGGAAUGACUGGGGUUUAAACCGUUGUCUGGCAUCCUUCCAUGUGUUUCUUUUCAUUACGGGUUUGGAAAACAGAAACAGACAUUUUUGAGGAUUUUGAGAUUUAUUUGUAAGGCGCACACUGUGGAAUGCUGCUUUGAUCUGCUUUUCGAAACCUGUUACCUAGGAUUUACUUAGUAAAUCCGUAUUUAAGGGCAUUUGAAGCUUAUUUCGAGCCGUCUGUAUUGAAAUGGUUCCAGUUGUGUCAGUAGAGACUUGCGGGCUAUGUAAUGUAUUUUUAGCACAAUAUAUAUCAGAACAGCUCUUAGGGGCCAUUUGAGGUCCCUCUUGCUGCCAUCAAGCACAUUUAAAUACCAAAAAUUGCUUUGAACCUGUAGCUGGGGAAAAACCUCUUUUCUCUCUAGAAAGUUAAAAUGUUUCUUUGGUCGUUUUCUCCUCCCCUCAGAAUACUCAAAAGUGAAGGAUCAUCUGAAAACUUUUCAAAUUGUAGAAGUCAUUUAAGAGGCUGGUUUCCCUGAAUCUAGACCACAACCUUUCCUUCCCCGACCCCUCCUCUCCCUCUUUUAAAUUUAAGGGAUAUGGGCACAGAAGUAGCCUGAAAAAGAAGAGCAGGUUUGCUUUGGAGCACAUUGAGGGAAAUUUGAUGGACGAUUGCGCCCAUCUAUUUGAUUCCAAAAGCAUCCACUAAAAUAGGAGCAGACCCUGCUUCUCACACUCCGGCUUGAUUUUCUCUAGGAGCUUCUUAUUUACGUUUGGUAUUCUAUUUAAUGUAGUAAGUGAAAAGAUCUUUCUGUUUUGAGAAAUGUGCAUUUAAUGGUAAUGCCAAAAAGGAGAAAAUUACUUGAGAUUCUACUGAUCACAGAUGUUAUUCCCUGAAAAACAACCCACUUUACAAUCCUGUAUAAAUUGGACAGUGUAUUUAGACAUAUUUUUUCCCCACAAAACUUUUGUAAUGACAUUUUUCAGCCUGGGGUGGAUCUCUUAUUGAGUGACCAUUUUUUCCACCUUUUAAUUUGCUUAGCUCUUUUGUAUGUGGAAAAAUAUAUUUUUGUACCAUAGCUCAUAUCUUGAAAAGUGUUUUGUAUAUCUUCAGAGCCACAGACUAUAUUAUAGUAAUACUUUAUGUGGUGCAUAAAAGUACAAAUAUGCUAUGAUUAAGACAACUACAAAUACAUGAGUAACACUAUAAAACCUGACCAUUAAUCAGUGUUAAUUUUCCUCAUAUUUCAAUAAAUCAGUGGCUGACGAUGCUACCGAGAUUGGGUUACAUUUGGGAAAGGAUAGAACAUUUAUCUUCAAAUGAAUCUUUUUUCUCCCCGCCCAAAGUUGCCAUGCUGAAUGCCCAUUUUGGGACUGGAUGUAUUAGGCAAAAAAGAUUUGACGCCUUGCAUUUUGUAUGCCUUAUAUCCAUGAUCUUAGCGUCAUUCUUAUCUUGUAAAUAUGCUAAAAUAUAUUUUUCCAUACAAAGCUGUAGUGCCCAAUCUCUUGCCUCUUCUGUCCCUGGCUUCACUCCUGUUCAUUUUGUGGUGGAGGCAGGCAGAUGUAUCUGCCGUCUUAAAGGAUAAUUUAGCGAGAGCUGACCUUGCCUUCUUUAGCUAGAGGUAGCCUUUCCAAUUUUCCCUGCCAAUCCCCUGUAUUAAAGCAGCUGCUCGAAAGUGACAUCGUGCUUACUGAUUGACACCUGAUGAUUUAUGACUCCAAAUCGUCUGACAACCGGAAAUUCAACUACUGUCCGUAGUAUUCAAGAGCAUUAUAUUGGCCCUCUGAGUCAGUUCUCUUGUGCUGUGGUGUGCAUUUUAAUAUGUCACGGUCCUACAAACCUACACUGCUCUUAGAAAAUAGAACUGUAUCUUACUCCGAAUCGAAUACUCUUAAAAUUGAUAUUGGAUGUCCAUCAGUACAGUGUUUAGCAUAAAUGAACGUAAAUAUUGCAUUUCUCUGAUUGUGUUUUGCUAUGAAAAUGAACUGUUGGUGCAUUGUUAUGUGGAAAAUAGAUCAGUACCAAUUUUAGCUUUUUGAUGGUGUAAAUGUUUCUGAACGUGGUUUGCAACACAUACCAGCUGACGCUGUAUGGCAGCUAAUGGAGUUAUUGACCAUGAGUUCUUCUGUCUUUUUGCAAAUAGGAAAGUUUUCUGUAGUGUCAAUUUAAAACAGCAUGUGUUGAAAAUAUUCGAAUAGUUCCACUGAACUCUUGUGGUGGCGAUUAGCAAAUUAAAAAAAACCCCAAUACUGAACUUUUAAAACUGGAAAUCAUAUUUGCUAGUUUGGCACCAGUUAUCAGCACUGAUAGUGAUUUUACAUCAUAUUUUGUACAUUAGAUUUCAAGGUUAGUAGAAUUUAAGUUAGUAAAAAUUGUGUUUUUAUGUUUAAUUUGAAGACAGUGGUGUAUGUACCAUGAAGACUUGGUAAAACAACCAAAUUCUACCACUGUAAUAUUGUCAGGUAAUCGUUACUAUGUCAGACUUAUUUUUACAAAGGUGUAAAUAUACAUUCCUUAAUUAGAUGAUCACCAGCUUGUUGUGUGAUGUAGUGAAAUACUUGUAGAUGGAUUUCAGAACUGAAAUAAGGUAUUGUCAAAAUUAAAGCUUAAUAAACAUUUACUGUAAUUUUGGUGAAAGGA